AGGGGCGUGCGGGAGGGAUAGGGAGGAACAUGCUCCGAGCAUGUGGCCAGAGAACACUACAGAGAGUGGCACACCAUGUUGGGAGGAUGACGACCGAGACAUGGAUGAGAGGAGGACAGAGUCGCGGGAUUCGCUCAGGUGGAGCGGCGAAGAGGCAACAAGUGCGGGCACUUGCGCGAGCUUUUCUUUUUUCAACCAACACGAGAGAUCACGGCAAUCAACAGAGUUCAUCCUCUCGCUCUCGUCGGCGCUCUGAUCUGGGGCUAUAUGACAACUGCGCGCAGUGUGGACCACAUGCCUCAUCGUCUCGAAUGAUGCUACAUGCGACGGCUGUACAGAGCGGUGGCGACGAUGACGAGAAGCGACGCGAUGGUGGUGGCGGCGGCGGCCACGGUGGCAUGACGGCACAGGAGCGAGAGGAUGCCGAGGCGGCGGCGGCCGAGGCAGAGGAUGAGGCCGACAAGGCUGCGUAUCGGGCCGAGGUGCUGGAUCCUCCGACGAACGCAGGCUUUCUGCACAUCUCGCGCUCGCUGGCGCCCAAGGAGUUUGCGCGAUGGAAGGCAGUCGUGCCGCUCUCUGUGGCGCAGGCCUGCAUCGGCUCUGUCUAUGCGUGGUCGAUCUUUAACGAGCCGCUGACGCGAGUGAUGGGCGGGGUGGCGUCUGCCGCGUCAGACUGGGACCUCUCCGAGGUGAUUCCCAUCUUUUCGGCGUCGGCAAUCUCGCUUGGGCUGACCACCUUUGUGCUCGGGGCGUGGGUUGACCGCGUUGGGCCUCGCAAGGUGGUUGCGACGGCGGCGAGCCUCUGGGGCUCGGGCUUGCUGCUCUCGGCCGCCGGCGUGGCGACGCACACGCUUCCGCUAGUCUACGCCGGCUAUGGCGUGCUCGGUGGGGCCGGGUGGGGCCUGGGCUACAUCGCGCCGGUCCACGCGCUCAUGAAGUGGUUCCCGGAGCGGCGCGGGCUAGCGACCGGCCUUGCGCUGACCACCUUUGGCGGCGGAGCCAUCAUUGCGUCGCCGCUCAACGAGGUGCUCCUCGAAGCCUUCUUUACGCUCCCCACGUACCUGGGCGCGUUCGACACUGUCGAGACGGUGGUGGCGUCGGGCGUGCGGAUGGCCGACGUGGGUGGCGCGCUGCAGGAGGUGGUGGUUGCGUCGGAGCACGACGUGGCGGCGCUGCCGGGCGCACCGCUUCCAGGUGUGUAUCAGGUCGGGACCGGCUCGUCGGGUGUGGCCGAGACGUUUGCGGUUCUCGGCGUGGGGCAGCUGGCGGUCAUGCUCUCGGGCGCGCUCAUGGCGCGUGUUCCGCACCCUGACUGGAAGCCGCCGCGACUGAGCAAGCGGGCACGGGCGGCGGCGGCGGCGGCCGAGGCCGACGAUGACGACGACGCGUCGAGCGUGGUACAGCCUUCGAUUGACGCCGACAAGGCGCUCCGCACACCGCAGUUCUACCUGUUCUGGACAGCAGUGUUUGGCAACGCUGUGGCGGGCGUCUCGGUCAUCUCGUCGGCCAAGACGGUGAUGACCGACUGCUUCUCGACUGCACUGCCGAGCGUGGUCCACGGCGGGUUUGCGGCGACGUAUGUGGCGGCGCUAUCGGCAGGCAACAUGGCCGGGCGACUGGGAUGGGCGACAGCGUCGGACGGGCUUGGCCGCAAGGCGACGUACGCGUUGUUUGGCGUGGGCAUCCCGAUGACGGUCGCCAUUCCGCACCUCACUUCGUGGGCCAUGACCGAGCACACGCUGGCGCCUCUGGCUCUCUUCUACGCCUCGACAGUGCUGAUUGUCUCGUUCUACGGUGGCGUGUUCUCAGUCCUUCCUGCGUACCUCUCCGAGGUCUUUGGCCCGCGAAACACUGGCGCCAUCCACGGACGCAUGAUCACGGCGUGGGCGUCGGCGGCAGUGGCCGGCCCGGCGAUCCUCUCGCACCUGCGCUCAUCGGCGUACGACCGUGCAGUCACCGAUCUCACCGCCCAGGCCGAUCCGGCCACGUUUGAGGCUGCAUUCGGCGCGCCCAAGUCUGCGCUCCCGGAGCUCAUCGAUGCCAAGACCGUGACCGUCUCCAAGCUCCUGGACAUUCUUCCAGAAUCCACGCCCGAUCCAACGCCUGCGCUGUACAACGAUACCUUUUACGUCAUGGGCGGCUUUAUGACCGUCGCUUUCCUCUGCAACGCCCUCAUCCAUGCCGUCCGCAAGCCACGCCCUGACCGUAAUGGCAAGUCGUCUGCGGCCAAGUUCUUCUUCGACCCAAGAGUGUGCAAGUGGCACCUCUUGGGACUCUGUCCCCAUGAUGCGCUGCGGAAUACGAAACGCGAUCUCGGCGAGUGCCCCAAAACCCACUCGGAUGUGCUCAAGCGCGAAUAUGAAAAGUCUGUGGCAAACGGCGAGCGAUGGGGCUACGAGUUUGAGCACAUGCGGCUGCUGCGAUCGCUGGUCCGCCAGUGCGACGGACGCAUCCACGCCGCCAAGGAGCGCAUGACCCAGGAGGAGGCUGCCGCUGUAGUUGACGUCCCGGUCCACCCGGAGGCCGCCAAGCUUCACACCGAAAUCAGCGAGAUGGUGGCCAAGGCGGCGCAGCUCGGCUCCGAGGGCAAGGUCACUGAGUCGCGGGCCGUCCUCAGUGCCAUCAACGAGAAGAAGAACGAGUUGGCCAUUCUGGAGACGCUUGCCGAGAAGGAAGCGCUCGUCUCGCGUCCGACCGGCGCCGGCAUGGUCUUCCAUCGCCAGCAGCUGCGGGUGUGCGAGGUGUGCGCGGGUCUGCUCUCGCUCACCGACUCGGACGUCCGCCUCGCCGCUCACUUUAAGGGCCGCAUGCACUUUUCGCUCCUCACCAUGCGCGAAAUGCUCAAAGACUACGAGGCCAACCCGCCGCCCGUCGUCUACGAGCGCGACUACGAUGCCGACGGCCAGCGCCGCGUCAACGAGGCUCUCGGCAUCACUCGCGCCGACCGCUCCGAUCUCGACGAGUUUGGCCGCGACAUUGUGCGCAAGUCGUGGGCCGGCGCCCACGCCCGCCACAACCCCGCUCUCCUGCCUCCCUCUGCUAAGCGGGAGCGGAGCCCGGGCGCCGAGCCGAGCUCGGCACAACCCGCCGAGCACCCCGCCAAGCGCACAAAGACCCUCGACGGCUCGCCCAAAGCCAGUGAUGCGCCCAAGAGUGGCAAGGCCAAGUCGCGGUCCAAGGCCAAGUCCAAGGCCAAGUCCAAGGGCAGGUCCAAGGCCAAGUCCAAGGGCAGGUCCAAGGCCAAGUCGCGGUCCGACAAGGGCAAGGGCUCGUACUCGUACUACUCGCCAUCGUACUCGUACUCGUACUCGUACUCUGAGUACUACUCGUACUCGGAUGAUCCCCCACGCGGUGCCGCCCGCCUCGGCCGCCGCCGCCCUUCGGCGUCGUCGUCCGCCCGCUCCUCGCGCGGCCGGUCGUCGUCGUCGCGCGCCGCCGGCUCGUCCGCCCGCUCCCGCCGCCCGUCGUCGCGUCGUCGUUAA